UUGACGAGAUUGUUGUGGGCGGCCAGGCAUUUAUAAAUUAAUGGUCUCUGUAUUUUUAUUUCUCGCAACUCUUUCCUCGUAAAAUUUUAGCCGGCAACCGCCCACUGAACGAGGGGCCAAUUUUUGAUUUGGCCAAGAUCUGCAUCGAGGAGGCAGCUGGAGAAGAGCUCGCGCCGGCGGUUCUGGCUAAAAGGGUUUACAACUGCCUGCCGUGUUAUUGAUUAUGCCGACUACUCGCCAAGGGAUGUUUUUGGCGUGCGCAACAGACCCCUGCUCAGCCAUCUUUCGUGAGCAAUAGGCUUCCUCGUAUUGCGAGUGGCCGGGAAAAUGAGAGUUUGCUUAUUUUAUUCACUCGCAAGCGAUUGACUCUCGCAGGACGCGAUGUCGCCGGCUGCGGAAUAAGAUGGGACGGUGCUGGGCGCUGCUGCUGCUGCUGCUGGCGUUGGGCCUCUGCUGGUCAUUGGUGCAGGCCGAGAACACGACCAUCGAGGAUGAGUACGGCCCUUCCGAGGAGGCAGAGGAAGAUGACGAUGAGGCGGCGGCGGAGGACGAGGGCACCGUCGAGGAGCCCGAGGAGGAGGAGUCGGGCUGGAUGUCAUGGCCGUCCAGGUACAACAUCUCGGUGAUCGCGUCCAUGCUGGACAACAUGUACUGCGCCAAGUGGGGCCCGGCAAACCACAUGUACUUCCAGCUGGCCAACACCUUCUUCCUGCUCUCGUACCUGGCGCCGAACGGCACCUACGGCAUCCUCUACCUGCGCAGCACCCUGCUUGUUGGUUGCGCUCUCUUCGCCCUGUGGGGCUGGACGGUGCUCUGCUCGCUCGACGCUUUCCUGUGGAACGCCAACUUUGUUGCCAUCAACUUCAUCCAUGUCUGUGUUCUUCUCUACUACCUGCGCCCUGUCAAGUUCUCCAAAGAAAUUGAAGAAGUUUACAUUGCACUGUUUUAUCCGCUGAAGGUGUCCAGGCACCAGUUCAAGAAGGUGCUCAACUGCAUGAAAGAGAUCCGCGCGCUCCGGUACCAGGAGGUCUAUGCGCACGAGAAGUCAACUAAGGUUGACAGCCUCUCGCUCGUCCUUUCUGGAAAACUGGUCGUGUCUCAAAAUGGACGGGCUCUCCACAUAGUGUUCCCUCACCAGUUUCUUGAUUCUCCAGAGUGGUUCGGUGUCUCAACAGAUGAGUACUUCCAGGUGUCAAUCACAGCAAUGGAAGAGGCGCGUGUACUGCUGUGGCAUCGGGACAAGCUGAAGCUGAGCAUCAUCACCGAUCAGUUCCUGCAGGCUGUGUUCGAUCACAUUCUAGGCCGUGACGUGGUCAAGAAACUGAUGCAGGUAUCGGUUAGUGAGACAAUGGCGGCCAGCAACAACGGCAACCUGCCCAACAACUUUGACGACGCUGAAGACAAGCCAAUGCUACUGAUCAAGAAGCCUGGCGACGGCCCCGGCAUCUCGGCGCUCAUUAAUCGCCAGAUCCAAGGGUUGCCUAGGAUAAAGUAUUAUUACUAUGCCGCCGACCCUAACGCGUGGCGCCUAGGGCGAAUUGAGGAGACGGAUCACGAGACCACCGUGUGACGCUAAGACCGACCGUCGUAAUGCAGCAGCGCGGCACAACUAUCAUCCCAGGUUCCCUUUUCUGUGCCCUCCGCGUCCCUGUUCAACGUGAUAUUUUAUAGCUAAUAUUUAUACAUAUAACUCAAUAUAACUAAAAACUUCCACGGAAAUUAUUAAGAAUUAAUAAAAAUUGUACUUGAAAUGUAUGUUAUAUUAUAUGACGCAGAAAUGGAGAAGAUUUAUGUAUGUCAAUCUCUUUAUAUUGUAGUCUCAUCUAAUGUAAGCAGAAUAUUAUUCAACUUUUUGAAACUAACGACUGAUUUUUUAAGUCCCAUUGCGCGAUUAAUUUUAAGAAAAUGAGUUGAUUGAUUUAAAAUUGUCCCACCAAUCACUAUGUCUAGUUUAAUUACCAUGUUAUUUUUUUCCAAGUGCAGCUGAUCAAUGGGUGCUUAAUUCGAGUGUGUGUGUGUGUUUGUCACCCAAGCUCUGUCAGUAAAAGUCUCUCUCCCUGACUUGCAGGGAAAUCAUGUCUCUCGCGACAAAUGUGUGCCUUUCCAGUAACCAUUGAAAUUGCACUCAAAAGGUUAAAUGUGCCCAAUGUGUUUGGUGUGAGUCUGCAAACGCCACAUCUCACAAGGCGGAGCCGCCUCUCUGCCCGUCUCCUAAUUUGAAAAUAAAAUAAUGUUCUUAAUUAAAAAAAAGGGCUGGCAGGAGAGUCGGCGCCAAACCUUCCCAAAUCAUCAAUUUACGCUCUCGGCAGCAAGUGUGUAACCUGCUUGGGUUUGUCCCAAUUUUAAUAAACUGAACAUACUGAAAUGAGAAAAAAAAAUAUUUAACUGAACUUAUCAGCAUCCACUAAAAUAUAAUUGAACUUUUAAAUGUGAACAAAAAUUUACCUUAUUCGAAAUCUAUAGUUUUUUUUCUCCUUUUCUUUGAUAUUGAUUUGAUGCUAAUAAAAAUUAAACA